GGUAGCGCUGGGGCUCUUCGCUUUUCCCUUCCUCCUCCCCCUGUGCCCUCCCCCGCAGCGCGGAGCUGCGGCGGCCCGCCCGCCUCGCCUUUCCCCCCGCCUCCGCCGUCCCCGCGCCGCGGCAGAGCCGGCGGGCGAGGAGCUGCCUGCGCCCGGCCCACCCUCCACCCUCGCCGGGGAUUAUGCCAGCGGAGCGCGGGCAUGUUGGCAGGCAGCGACUCAUAGGCAGCGGCAGGCGCCGAGCCGCGGCGGCAUCAGCAGCAAGCAGCAGCGGGAGCCGCGGCCGCUGCGCCGGGAGCAGCCGGAUGUUGACACAUGUGGACCAACACUGACAUCCCUUUUCAGCAAUGCUGUCUUUACUCCCUCCUGCAUUCAGAAGCAUCUAGAGAGACUUUUUGCAGAAGGGAUCCUCCAUGCAUUUCCUUGCCAUUAUUUAAGGAGCCUUCACUAAACACUUCUGGAUUGUGUUUCUGAGGGGACGAAAGAGUUUUUGUAUUCAAAAUGCUCAUAAAGGAAUAUCGGAUCCCCCUUCCGAUGAGCGUGGAGGAAUAUCGGAUCGCACAGCUCUACAUGAUACAGAAAAAGAGCAGAGAGGAGACAUGUGGAGAAGGCAGUGGAGUAGAGAUCCUGGAGAACAGGCCAUACAUGGAUGGACCAGGAGGCAACGGGCAGUAUACUCACAAAGUGUACCACAUUGGUAUGCACAUACCCAGCUGGUUUCGCUCAAUAUUGCCCAAGGCAGCUCUUCGAGUUGAAGAGGAGUCAUGGAAUGCAUAUCCUUACACAAGGACAAGGUAUACGUGUCCUUUUGUGGAGAAGUUCUCUAUUGAUAUUGAGACAUACUACAAAACUGAUCCAGGAGAGCAUGGGAAUGUGUUCAACCUUUCUCCUGCAGAAAAAAGACAAACCAUUCUAGAUCCCAUUGAUAUUGUUAAAGAUCCUAUCCCUCCACAUGAAUACAAAGCUGAGGAGGAUCCAAAGCUGUAUAAAUCAGUGAAGACUAAAAGAGGCCCCCUCUCAGAAGACUGGAUUCAAGAGUACAAGAACAACCCUGGGAAAUACCCCAUCAUGUGUGCAUAUAAACUGUGUAAAGUCGAGUUCAGAUACUGGGGGAUGCAGUCGAAGAUCGAGCGCUUUAUCCAUGAUGUCGGCUUGCGGAAGGUCAUGGUCCGUGCCCAUCGGCAGGCCUGGUGCUGGCAGGACGAGUGGUAUGGCCUCACCAUUGAGGAUAUCCGGCAGCUGGAGAAGGAGGCACAGCUGAUGCUGGCUCAGAAGAUGGCCCAGUUCUGCAGUGAAAACGAUACUGAGCAGCACGGAGUCAAAGACACUGCUGGGGAGAAAGAUGUUGAAGCCAACACAGUUUCACCUGUUGACACACAGGAUGCUGCUGGUAAUGGUGACACAGCCUCUGGGAGGUCACUCACCAAGCAGUGGUCCACCUCUUCCAAGUCCUCACGGUCUUCAAAGAGAGGAGCAAGCCCCUCACGCCAUAGUAUCUCGGAGUGGAGGAUGCAGAGCAUUGCCAGAGAUUCAGAUGACAGCUCAGAUGAUGAAUUCUUUGAUGCACAUGAGGACUUGUCUGACAAUGAGGAAAUGUUCCCGAAAGAAAUAACCAAAUGGAGCUCCAAUGAUCUGAUGGACAAAAUCGAAACCCCCGAGUGCGAUGACGUCCAGGGUGACUUGUAUCACGAACCAUCAGCAGAGUACCACGUUGGCUCCAGCGUGGAGAGGCUCAGCAUCAUUGAAGAUGAGUCAGUACAGCCAUUAAUGCAACCGAGUAAAAUCCAUGUCCUCCUCCUCGUACUCCAUGGAGGGAACAUCCUGGACUCAGGGAGUGGUGACCAGAGCUCUAAGCAAGGGGAUGUCAACACCAUCACGACAGUGUUUGACACAGUGAUGAGGGUACAUUACCCAGCUGCUCUCGGACACAUUGCCAUCAGGCUAGUCCCUUGCCCAGCCAUCUGCUCCGAAGCGUUCUCCUUGGUAUCCAGCCUCAGCCCAUACAGUUAUGAUGAAGGCUGCCUGUCCAACAGCCAGGAUCACAUUCCCCUUGCUGCACUCCCUUUGUUGGCCACGUCGUCGCCGCAGUACCAAGAGGCAAUAGCCACAGUCAUUGUCAGAGCCAACCAGGCCUACAGUGAGUUCAUCAAAUCCCAGGAGGGCACGUCAUUCAAUGGCCAGGUUUGUUUGGUAGGGGACUGCGUUGGAGGAAUUCUGGGGUUUGAUGCCUUGUGCUACAGCAACCAGACUGUGUCUGAGAGCCAGAACAGCAGUCGGCGGGGGAGCGUUGUGAGUGUCCAGGACACCGACCUCCUGUCUCCUGGGAUAACAGUGAACAACAGCUAUUGUUCCAGUGGCUCUAAUCUGGAAGCCAGCAGACACCUCAGCAGGAGCAACAUUGAUAUUCCCCGUAGCAACGGAGAAGAUCCAAAGAAGCAGCUGCCACGAAAGAGGAGUGAUUCAUCAACCUAUGAACUGGACACGAUAAAGCAGCAUCAAGCCUUCCUUUCAAGUUUACAUUCUAGUGUCCUGAGAAAUGACCCAGGAUCCAGGAGAUCUAGCAGCUCUACGAUGUUGGAUGGAGGAAAUGUUGGCAAGUUUGAGUUUGAGAUCACUGACUUCUUCCUCUUCGGUUCUCCCUUGGGUCUGGUUCUUGCACUGCGAAAAACUGUCAUUCCAGCUCUUGACAUCUUUCAGCUCAGGCCAGCUUGUCAGCAGGUCUAUAACCUGUUCCACCCUGCAGACCCAUCUGCUUCACGCCUCGAGCCUCUUUUGGAGAGGAAGUUCUACCUUUUGCCCCCGUUUAAUAUUCCCCGUUACCAGAGGUUCCCGCUGGGUGACGGCAACUCCGCUGUUCUGGUUGAGACAAUCCAGAACAAUCCCAUCCUCCUCAUGGACAGUAGUGCUCUGGGUGCUCUCCAGCACCAGGACAGCUUCAUGGAAACAAGUAUCCCUGUUCCUGUACUGAAUUGGCAAGAUGUUUCCAAUAAAAGUGCUGGUUUUGCUGAGUCAGAUGUUGUUCAGUCUCAUGGUGCCGUCUUCAUGGAAAGCUCGUCCCUGUCCACCCCCAUUUCAGCCCCUCAGUUCAGGGGCUUCCGGAGAGCCAGUGAGAUCAGCAUUGCCAGCCAGGUCUCAGGAAUGGCAGACAGUUACACUGCUUCCAACAUAGCCAACAAAACCAAACACCACCUUAAUCAUUGCAGGGGGCUUAGCCUCCUGUCCCUACUCGCCCUCCCUCACAAAUCCCCUACCCAAACCUCAUCUAAGAGGCAUAGGCAGCAUAAACAUGAAAUCCCUCCCAAGGGAAGAAAGCUCAAAGGGCCCUGGAGUCAGGCUGCAGUCUAUGCUCAUCGGAUACCCGACCUGGACAUCAAGACAGUUGCUGCCAAGUGGUGGGGAACCAAAAGGAUCGACUACGCUCUCUACUGCCCUGACGCCCUGACGGCUUUCCCCACGGUCGCUUUGCCACAUCUCUUCCAUGCCAGCUACUGGGAGUCCACAGAUGUUGUCUCCUUCCUGCUGAGACAGGUGAUGAGGCACGAGAACUCGAGUGUUUUGGAGCUGGAUGGGAAGGAGGUGUCUGUCUUCACCCCCUCCAAACCCCGUGAGAAGUGGCUCCGCAAGAGGACACACGUGAAGCUCCGGAACGUCACAGCCAACCACAGGAUAAAUGACACCAUUGCUAAUGAGGAUGGGCCUCAGACCUUAACUGGAAGGUUCAUGUAUGGUCCCUUAGACAUGGUCACACUCACAGGAGAAAAGGUGGACAUUCACAUCAUGACCCAGCCACCAUCAGGAGAGUGGGUUUACUUUGACACAGAGAUCAGCAACAGCAGCGGCCGGAUCUCCUACGUCAUCCCCGAGCACCGGCGCCUGGGCAUUGGCGUGUACCCUGUCAAGAUGGUGGUCAGGGGUGACCACACAUAUGCUGACAGCUACAUCACAGUCCUGCCCAAGGGGACGGAGUUCGUGGUGUUCAGCAUCGACGGCUCCUUCGCAGCCAGUGUGUCCAUCAUGGGCAGUGACCCCAAAGUCCGUGCCGGGGCCGUCGACGUGGUCAGGCACUGGCAAGACCUCGGCUACCUCAUCAUCUACGUGACGGGCCGCCCUGACAUGCAGAAGCAGAGGGUGGUGGCGUGGUUAGCACAGCACAACUUCCCCCACGGCAUUGUCUCCUUCUGCGACGGGCUGGUGCACGACCCGCUGCGCCACAAGGCCAACUUCCUCAAGUCCCUCAUCACAGAUCUCCACAUGAGGAUCCACGCAGCAUACGGAUCCACUAAGGACAUCUCUGUGUACAGCUCCAUCAGCCUCCCGCCCACACACAUCUACAUCGUUGGCCGACCCACCAAGAAGCUGCAGAGCCAGUGUCAGUUCAUCACGGAGGGCUACGCAGCCCACCUGGCCCAGCUGGAGUACAACCACCGCGCCCGGCCCGCCAAGAACACCACGCGCAUGGCGCUGCGCAAGGGCAGCUUCGGGCUGCCCAGCCAGACCGACUUCCUGCGCAAGAGGAACCACCUCCUGAGGACCAUCUCCUCUCAGCCUUCGGCCCCCAGCUCCAGCCACCGCCCCGAGCGCACCCAGAGCCAGUCCGACGGCGACAAGGAGAGGGACAGGGAACGCAGCCAAAGGAGCAUGAGCAUCGCCACGGGCUGCUGGGGCCGGAGCGCGGCCUCGCGCCUGGAGUCCGGCCUCCUGGGGCAGAAGUAGCUGGGGUAAGAGCCAGCGACCGUCAGCUGCAGCCACCGGAGGAGAAGACAGAAGGAAAGAGGGAGGAGGCCGGCGGUAAGGGGCUGGAAGGGUAAAUAUGGUGCUACUCUACUAACAUCACGGGACGGGACGGUUCCCACGCGAAGGCACAGGCCUGGCAGCGGGAGCAGCAGGUUCACGCAGCACGAGCUCAAGGAACAGCUGGAAACCGGGGGGGGGGGGAGAAAAGUCUCCAGGUCAAGAUUGUGCUCUUUCCUGCCUCCUUCUCUUAUCCAGGUUUAGUGACUGUAAAUAUGUGCCUCCUCGCCUCGUUUAGCCAUUGCGUGACCGAGUGCCGCCAGCGCCGCAGGAACAGGGGAUGAGGCUGAGGGAACUUGCUCUGGGCUGUCCCAGGAGUCAGGCUGAGGUGCUCAGCCGCUGCUGGCACAGGGUGGGUUUGAGCUGGCUGUUUCCCCAGGUGAGGGAUUUAUUGCGUGGGCCGUGCCAGGCAGAGCGAGCAGAAGCUUUACCUGUACAAAGAGCUUCAAGUUCGGCCACUUCGGCAAGGAGUCCGUGCAGUGGCAAAGCAUCGAGCUGUUACGGAUGCCGUUGGCAGGGGCAGAACGUCCUGGGGCACAUUCACACCCAAGGAAGUGGGGUGGUUCUUCUUCCUACUGUUAUUUUUUAAAGAGACCUUUUAGAAGCCGAUGGGAUUGACCCAUUAAAGGAGGAACAGGAGCGAUGUUGUUUGAGCUGUUACAAACCUCAGACACUUGAUUUGCUGCUUGAAAUCUCCAAAUACCCUCGCUAUAUAUUCUCUCCAAAAGCACCCACCGUGUAUUUGGAAGCAGCUGAAGGCACUCAGCAGCCAGAUUGCAUUGCAAUUCUCAUCCAAAUGCAGGGUCUGACUCUCUCAACACCCACCUCCGAGACAUUUUCUUCUUCCCAGGUUCUCUGCGAGUUCAGUAGCAGCUUUCAGAGGGAACCAGACUCGCUUCUUUGACCUGUAGUUACUGAACUGUUAAAACCUCAUUGUGUUUUUUUUUUGCACUGAUGAUUUUUAGAAUGGAAACCUGUUACCAUCUCAUGUAGCUACACCCAACUGUUUGUAGUGCAUGACAAUGAACUACUGCUAAGCCAGGCUGUGUGUGUGUAUAUAUACACAGAUACGCAUACACACGUAUAGAUAUGUACAUAGGUAACAAAAAGGACAUAAGAUCUCUGCAGAAGUUUUUCCAGCAGUAAGGAGACUGGAAGGAAGUGUGCCAACGAGGUCAGGCAACCUUCAAAAAAGGCCAUAUCUUAAAUUUUCCUGGUGUGUUUCUCAGUGGAUGUGCCUGAGCUGAGGGUUCGUGUGCUGCCGGGGCUGGGCAUGUGGCAGAGGUGCUGGCGCAGGGCUGGGCACUGGCUGCUGCUGCUGGCACCCCCGGCGUGACACACGGCACAGGAACAGGAGCUCGGGCACUCUGCAGCAGCAGAGAACAGUGCCUGGAGAGAGGGCUUGCCAAAAAGCCCCUCAGUCCUGGCCCUGGUCAGGCAAAGGGCCUGGGUCCCUCCCUCCCGGGGUGGAGGGAAAUUCCCUUCGUGGAGCCCGUUUGGCCUCUUCACGUGGAGCUUUUAUACUCCUAGGGAGCUGCCCUUCUCCGUGGAACCCAGCUUUCCCCCACACACACACCUUCCUGUCUUUGUAACACUUUCUACUUCAAGGAUCUUCUUUAUAACAAGGGAAUUUUUUUAGACUGGCUGCUUUGUUUUCUUACCUGUUUGAACCUGAAGCGCAGGACGGCCGCACUGGGAUCACCCAGCACUGUGAACGCUGCUCUGGGCCACGGGAGGCAAAUCCGGACUCCUCACACAUCCAAGGCAGAUGGAGCUGGAGGGUCGAAGCGGAGGCAGAGAAGGGCCGGUGCAGAGCUGCUGGUGGAGCAGCCAAAGCCAGCCGCCCACCCGCUGCCCGGCGCGUCUCCCACGUCUUGCAGCCUGACUGCAGAACCGUUCAACCACUUGUCUUUGGUAAUUACUCAAUUACAGAAUGAAUCUGAUGACUCUUUGUUACCAAGACUUCCCUUUCUGCCCACUCAGCUCUCUCGGGAUGUACCACCAGAGCUCGCUGGGUUCACAGAAACAAAGCUGAACCGUCCUCAGCUUUUUGUGCGUCCAACGUUGUACCCGACAGCUGCCAUCCCAGCAGGAAGCCGAGCCACAGCCCCAUCCCUGACGGCACCAGAAACCACAGCACGACACAAUGCCUUGCAGGUUUUGGAUAUGGCCUUGGCAAAGUGCAGCUUUCCACAAGCAAGGUGUGACGUGCACGUUGCCCAGCGCCGACGGGACGCUCACGGUCUCGUACGUGUAGAUAGUGUAAAACAGGAGAAUGUAAAUGUGCAACAUAAGAUGUGGGUAUAUAAAACUGAAAGUUAUUUAUUUAUGUAGAGGGAGGGUUAAAACCAUAUAUAUAAUGUCUGGAGGGACUGGAACCUUCAGGGUUUAUUAAUAUUUAAAAAUGUAGCUUUUUGUUUCAGGCAUUAUGUACAAAGCAAUUCUUUUAUGGACCAAGUUUAAUGUAACUGUCAAUGCAGAAGUGCAAUAUUCUACUCACCUCUCCAUCACUGCGUGUUCUGAACAGCUCCCGACCCCUUUAGACUGACAAUCAUUGCACCUCCGUCCUCAUCCUUUGUUUGAGCUUCUUGAACGUCGCCCGGGGUCCUUUCCCUGGCCCCCCCCAUCUGUUGCCAUUGUACAGAUCCGACAAGGAGAAGCAAUCGUAGAGCAGGACCUUUAAUUUGCUGCAAUAAUACCAGGUGAGGGGGGGAGGGAGUUACCAGGAACUAAAGCCAGUCAGGUUCAGUCCAUCCCAGCGUGCAUCCAUCUCUCCUCAGCCGCCCCCGUCUGGCACUCAGCUAUCCCAAGCAGAGAGCCACGUGCCACUCGCUCACUCACACAACAAUAGCAAUAGUUGAACUCUGUGUUUAUGAUGUUUGUUCCGAGCCGUUUGGAGAGCAAUGCAUGUGACCCGAUGCCUUUCCACCUCUUUGGACGCAGUUGAGGGGGAUAAAAGAUGAAUGUAUGUUCCAUCCAUCCUAAAGGGGCACUGUCAGCUCACAGACCUUCAUCCUUUCUCUUUUGGUACAAAGAAGGUGGUUGCUUUGGAAGGGAAGGGUAUGAAGCGUCGCGGUCCUUGGUCCCCCGCAGCCCCCGUCGCGCUCUCACACACGAGCACAAGCGCAGCCCAGCGCUGCACACGCUGCCUCGGCCUUUGGCUUUCUUCAAAAACUCCUUUCCAUGGGAAUCAAACUCUGCUCUGGAGCUCCAGAUUUUUUUACAGCGAGCAGCUUUUUGUAUUUACAGCACUCUCGGGGCCAGACUUUCUACCCGACGCCGUCCCCUUCAAGCCUUUUCACGAGAGGAGCCCGUGCGCUCCCUCCCGCCCGGCGCUGGGGUUGGUUGGGUUUUUUUCCUGCCUUUGCCAGAUCAGUCAGAUGAGGCAAAACUCUGAUACCAAAAAGACAUGAGCAGCGUGUGGGAUCCACGAGCUGAGAGCAGCCCUUAGCCAAAGGCUGCCCCCCGUCCCGCCCCGCCAGCAGCGGCAGUGCUUGCUGCAGCAGCCCCUUCUUCAGGUAUCGCCACCGUCUGCUGCAUUUCCUCUUAGUUCUAGAAGCCUUACGGUCCUCACUCUCCUCAGCCCCCUCUCUGCCUGUUGACUGUCCCAAUUUUAUAUUCCAACGAUGUCAGUUGUAUUUUAUUUACAGCAAAUGGCUCUGUGGUAGGAGGGGGUGUGGGACCCACCCCAGGGAGGGAGGGAGGCACCGGGCGGCCCCCGGACCUCGCCUGUGUGUGACAAACCUGUACAACUUCCUUCUCCUCCUUGCUGUUAGUGCAUCGUUCCAAUGCCUGGGUGUGCUUUGUGUUACAGUAUCAUUGUGAGUUACACAGAUUAAAGAAUGGGA